AUGGUGCUUACAACUUAUAGAAAUCUACUUUUACAAACAUUGGAGCGAAUUGAGGCCAAUAAUCUAUUUGCGUCACAAGAAGUUGAAGAGGAGGCUAAAAAGGAAUCUGUGAAGGCAUUUGUAGCGGGUGGGAUGCCAAGCACGCAAGGGGUUCCAACAGAAGAGCAAACACCUAAAGUUGUUGCCCCUACACCGGAGCAAAUUAUAGCUAUCAAGGCUGCCAUAGUGAAUUCCCAAACUCUUGAAGAAGUAGCGCGGCUGGAACAGGCAUUGAAGUCAGGCCAGCUUCCUGCCGAUCUGAAUGUGGAUAAUGAUUCCAUGGCCAGCAAUGAAACUGCCAAAGAGGACAAAAUGGUCACUGAUGGUGAAAAAGAACCUGAUGAUGGACCAAGCGAUGCUGAGCUUGGACAGAAGGAUGAUGGUCCUGCAGAAAUGGAGCAGGAAUAGGAGAGUAUUUUGCAUUCGGUGCAAGUCCUUUCCUGCCAUGGCAAAUGAGGCUGGCUGGGUGUGAUCUUUUGAUCGUUCCUGGACUGGUACUGUAAGCAUAUAGAGCAGCUCUUCCGUCCAGAUGACUGAGGAUUCCUCCAUCGGUGGAGUGAAGCCGUUAUUUCUGGUGUAUCAUUUGAAUCAAUUUACCAUUUCAUAUUUUAUGCAAGCAAAUGGACAGAAGAGGCUUAUGGUUUACCUCACUACUUGUGCCCGUUCAAAUUAUUAGGUGAUCUUUUGGGGGCCAGAAUUUGAUAAAAAUAUAUUUUCAAGCGGCCAAAUUGUCGUGGAUAUUUGAGAUCCCAGUACUGUAUCAGAUAGUGCCCACCCUACCUUUGGAAUAUUUUCUUUUCUUGAAGGACCAACUUGCGUACUUUAUUCAAUUUUUCGGAUGCAUACCCUAACUGUUGGAUUUGAAAAUACAGGAUGAAGGCUCACAUUGAUUUAGCAUGAAUGUAUGAGGUAAUAGACAGAAAGAUGGUAGACAUGAUAAGUACCUUUGUUUGUUUGUAGUCUACUGUAUGGGUAUGCUCUUGCUGUUCAUAUUUGAGGAAAAUAUUGUAAAAUUCGGGUAAAUUUAAACUUUUUAUAAAAAAAGAC